GUGAGAGCCUGCUUGCCUAGCUCUCAGUAGUGCUCAAAGAAAUCUCAUAACACACACACAUGCCAUUUAUGUAGAGGAUGCCAACCCAAACUGAAGGUACCGAUCUGUUGUGGUGCUCCCUUGCUACCUUUGCCUCUGAGCAGCCAUGAUGAGAGACACAGAGCCUGGAGGGAAAUGAAAGAGAGAGGUAGAGAGAAAGAGAGAGAAUAACAGAGCGAGGGAGAGAGUGAGGGAGAGAGAGCUUUCAGCCUCCAGUCUUGCCUCUCCUCUGUCUGCUGCUGCUCCUGCUGCUGCUGCUUCGUUUCAGCCAGAGCCAGAGACUGAGCUGGUGUUUUUCUCAGUUAUCUACAGAUAGACAGACCAGUGAGUUGUGAACAGUACAGUACUUCUGUCACACCACUGCCAUGACUCUACUGAUGUGAGUCAGAAGAGAGAGUUCCCCCUGUCCACCACCUCUCUACGGCUACAGCGCCGGAACCCUGCAGCCACAGGCAGAUAGCUACAGAGAAGACUGGUGACCACUCUAAGAGUCCCAGUGAGGAGCAUGUGGUGAGGGCCAUGUCUCUGGAGAUGGAGAAGAGUGUCACUAAGUUGAUGUACGACUUCCAGAGGAACUCUACUUCUGACGACGACUCAGGCUGCGCGCUGGAGGAAUACGCCUGGGUGCCCCCUGGCCUCAGCCCUGAACAGGUGCAUCAGUACUACAGUUCUCUACCUGAGGACAGGGUGCCGUAUGUGAACAGCCCAGGAGAGAAGCACCGCAUCAAACAGCUGAUUCACCAGCUGCCCCCACACGACAACGAGGUCCGAUACUGUAACGCGCUGGACGACGAGGAGAAGAGGGAGCUCAAGCUCUUCAGUAACCAGAGGAAAAGGGACAACCUGGGCCGAGGCAAUGUCCGCCCUUUCCCACUGUCCGUCAGUGGGGCCAUCUGUGAACAGUGUGGGGGCCAGAUAAAUGGAGGGGACAUUGUGGUGUUUGCGUCACGGGCAGGCCACGGCCUGGUGUGGCACCCUCAAUGCUUUGUGUGCAGCAUGUGUGAGGAGCUCCUGGUGGACCUCAUCUACUUUCACCAGGAAGGGAAGAUCUACUGCGGCCGGCACCAUUCAGAGAUGCUCAAACCCCGCUGCUGUGCCUGCGAUGAGAUUAUCUUUGCUGAUGAGUGCACAGAGGCAGAGGGCAGGCACUGGCACAUGAAGCACUUCUGCUGCUAUGAGUGUGAGGCUCCGCUGGGUGGCCAGCGCUACAUCAUGAAGGAUGGACGUCCACACUGCUGCCACUGCUUUGAGUCCCUGUAUGCAGAGUACUGCGACGCCUGCGGUGAACACAUAGGCAUUGACCAGGGCCAGAUGACGUAUGAUGGGCAGCAUUGGCACGCCACAGAGGAGUGUUUCUGCUGUGCCCGCUGUAAGCGUUCCCUCCUGGGGCGCCCCUUCCUGCCCAAACAGAGACAGAUCUACUGCUCACGCUCCUGCAGCGCCGGACAGGACCCAGACGAGUCAGACUCAUCUGACUCAGCCUUCCAGAGUGCCCGCUCCCGUGAGUCUCACCACAGCAUCAAGAUUCUAAAACCGGAGCGCCGAAAUGCCGAGCAGGAGCGUCGCCAGCCAGCGCCCAUGACUGAUCGUCUGUCUGUUGAGGUGGACCCCCUGUCUAUCCAGAUGGACCGUCUGAGCCUUGGCUCUAGCCAGACACCCAGUCGAACACCCAGCCGCACACCCAGUCGCGCCCCCAGCCGCACCCCUAGUCUCAACCAAGUGUGGAUGAGCCGGGAUGAACCUUACCCCCCAGCCUAUGAGACAGCCUACGAGGGCUCCCAGCAGGAUGCCUCUCCAACCCCCACAUCCCUGCUCCUGGGCCUGUGUAACCCCAGGAAAGGCUACAGCCCUAGCCCCCACAACCCCCUGCCCCCAGCCCAGAGCCCUGUCAACCCAGGAAAAAGGCCUGAGUCCAGGGCUAAAGAGCAGGGCAACACCAAGCGAACGCCCAUGGCGGCACUGAGGGGCCAAUCCUUCCAGGACAACUGGAUCCACCACAGCCAGGACGAGUUCCGCCCACCCAAGCUGAGGACCCAGAUGAGCUUCAACGAGGUGUCCAGCCAAGGCCAGGGCUUCCCAGACAAGAGGAGCAUCAGCAUGCAUGGCUUCCAGAGGGACAGCAGGCCCCCCCUGACCAGGACCAGGAAAGCAAUGAGCAACGGCAUGAGCUUCACAGAGCCCCUCACCCCUCUGGAACAGACCCCCCGAGGAUCUAUGGAGUCUCUGGCCCUGUCCAAUGCUACAGGUAACUCACUGGAUGGGGUAAGUAAGCGUCAAGAGCACCUGUCCCGAUACUCCAUGCCAGACCUUAGUAAGGACUCUGGGAUGAAUGUGUCUGAGAAGAGUAACAUUGGCACACUGGGUUCCUCUGUCCAAUUCCGCAGCUCUGAGUCCCUGACCUCUCGGCCCUACGGGUACCUGAAUGCGCCUGUGCAGGUGGGGUACCCCCUGGGGUACUGGGAUUCCCCCCAGCCCCUGGCCUUUAAGGGUACAGGUCGCGUGGGCCUAAUGGGGAGUAGUGGUAACCUCCGCAUGACCCCCAUGAGUGAGAGGAUCCCUCGUCGUCGGCCGAAUGGGCCAGAGCCCAUACAGCAACAACAACCAACACAAUCACGGCGACGCAAACACCGUGGCAAUGGUAAUGAUGGAAACGGCAACCACCGCAGCAGCGGUCGCCACUACCAGCGUUCUCAACGCUCACGCUCUGACAAUGCCCUCCACCUGGCGGCCGACCGGGGAAGUCAUAUGAUGGAACCCCCGCACCGUCGUGUUCAGGAGGACUAUGACCGUUUCCCCGCCGGCCGUACCGCCCGAGACCUGUUUGGGGUGGAGGGCAUAGGCGGGUACAGACAGCAGCCUUACCGACCCUGCCCCCGCACCACCUCAGACCUCACCCUGCACAAUGCAGCAGGGGGUGGGGGGAUGCAGACGCUGGGCCUUGGGGGACCACACUUGGGUGGGGAGGGAUACGGGGAGGGGGCGGACCCCUGGUGCUCCAGCUGCUCCUCAUCCUCUGAGUCUGAAGAAGACGAGGGGUACUUCCUGGGUGAGCCCAUCCCCAGACCUGUCCAGCUACGUUACCUCCACAAUGAGGAGCUGCGCCACAGAUACAGCCCUACAGGGAUGGGAGGGAUGGGGGGCCACCAUGGACCCAUACAUGGACCCCUACAUGGACCCCUACAUGGAGGAAACCAAGGGCAGCUGCACGGACAGCUCCACAUGCGCCAGAGGAGGAAGAGCAAGAACUGCAUCAUCUCAUAGAGAGAGUUAGGGAUGGUGAGAAAGGAGAGAGAGGGAGUGGGAGGGAGACAGAGAAAGAGAAAGUGAGAAAGGAAGGAGAGGGAGUGGGAGGGGGAGAGAGAAAGGGGGGAGAGAGAGUAUAUGAAAGAGUGAUUGUGUGUGUGUCAAAGAGAGGCCUAUAUAUAUUUGAUGUGUGUGAGUUACACAACUAGCUCUAUGUGGUGUGGGGGGCUCAUACGCCUACACAGUAUGAGCUAAUCAGGACAAGAAGCCUGCAAUGGACUGGCUUCUUAAACAACCGCAAUGUUUACAAUAACUGGAGUCAGGUGACUAACAAUUGGGAAAAACAUCACAUUUGUAUUGUUAACCGUUUAUUAUUAUAUAGCCCAAGAAAGGUUACGGCAUUUGAUUGAUAAACAGAGUGUGUGCGUGUGCGUGUGCGUGUGCGUGCGUGUGUGUGUGUGUGUGUGUGUGUGUGUGUGUGUGUGUGUGUGUGUGUGUGUGUGUGUGUGUGUGUGUGUGUGUGUGUGUGUGUGUGUGUGUGUGUGGUCCUUCCACAGAUACAUAACAGAAAUAUGGGACUUAUUCAUAACAUUUUACCACUGUAGUAAAUUUACCAGCUGUUAUUUAAAACCAGUUUAAACAUUUAUAGAAAUUGGAUUUAUGCAUGCAUAAUGUUCAGUAUGUCAACAAGGCAUACAAAUAAUACAGCAAAUAAUUGCAAUUCAUGCUGGAAUUUAGCAACUAUUUAGCAUUAUUUUUCUGUCUUGAAACCGACAAGGGGUAAAUUCACCAUGUCUGUAAAGUUUAAUGAAUACUCCUAAAUGACUCAGUUUCAAGUAAGUAUUGGUACACAACUCCAAGAGCACUAAUGGCUGAAGUGCUCACAUAUUUUAUGUACCUACUGGACCUUGGAAAACCACCUGAGUGGACCUUCCCAUAGCAUUGACCAACCAAUGACUUAUAAUCAGUCCAUCACUUACUAAGAAGAACCAAAAACUGCCUGGCAAACACCACAGCCCUCCAAAACCAGUCAGCUGGAAGUGUGAUUGUGGACGAUGUGUGCUAGAUAGAUGCCAUACAGUGUUGUCGUUUACCUCAGUGGAAACCAAGAGCUGCUGGAUCUACAGUACAGUUGGCUAGCAGAUCGUGUUAUCACCCUGUAUAAAUAGCCUGUUGAACCUAACUACACUGCCCUGCUCUCCAUGCUUACCAAGGACAGCUCUAGCCUAUGCUCCUUGGCCAUUCAGGCACAGUAACGUCCCGUAUAGUCCCGUUUUCUCCCGCAACAUGCUUUGUUUUUCAACGUUAUAAUAUUACUACUAGAUAAAACAAAUAAUAACAUAGUAAUACCUGUUAAAUGUAUAUAACAGUAAAAUAAGUGUUAUUUAAGUUUUGGAUGUAGUAAUGUAAAUGUUCUGUACAUAAUGGUCCUAAAUAUUUAUAUAUAUUUUGUAACUACAGAACCAUUAUUUGUAUAACAUGAUGUAGAGAUAGAAAAGGCUUGCAUGUUUAUUUGUUGAUGUUGUGUCAUAUUGGAAUUAAAGUGGAUUUCAAUGAACAAUGGAAAUGUCACAUCUU